GUUUACCUUCAUGUGACUUCAGACGGCGCUGUUGUGCGAAAGAGAAAUAACAAUGGCGGAUUUUCUAGGUUCGAUUUUAAACUCUAUGGACAAACCACCAACUGUUGGUGACAAACAGAAGAAAUUACUACAAAAGCAACGUGACGAACACCAGAAGCGCGAAGCGGAGGAGAAAGAGAAGUUAAGAAAGUUCAGAGAUCAGGUCGAGGACAAAAUCAACAAGUUUAUCCAAGACCCCGAAAAGCAAAAAUACAAGUUCGCGCCGAUGGCAAAGGUCCACCGCACGAUUAUCCAUGAUGUUGCAGACAUUGCUGGCCUCGCUGCUUUUUCCUUUGGAGAGGAGGAAGUAGAUCGCUAUGUCAUGAUCUUCAAAAAGGAGUUUGCACCAUCGGAUGAUGAACUGGCUGCCUACCGGAAAGGAGAGGAGUGGGAUCCUGAGAAAGCCAAGGCUGCUGCCCGACAAAGGGAACUUGCUGCUGCUGCACUGGCGGAACAGGCAAAGCAGUCGAGCCAAGAAAGUGCACCACAGACCGACUACCAUGAGAAAUACGAGAAGCUGCUGGGUCGAGAAAGUGGGAAGGAUGCAGCCAAGAUCACCACACCCAACAAACAGUUUGGCUUUGUGCCCAGUCAGAACAAAAAGGAUGUCCGGACGAUUGAACAAGCACUCGCCGACAUUCGUGCCAAGAAGAAGCAGAAAACCGAUGGCCCUAGUUCAGAAAAAUCAGAGCAAGACUGACAUUUUGCGGACAAAAACAAAAUAAUGCAUGCUUGUAAAUCUAGGCUAGAUAAGUUUGAACGUCCCUGCUCUCAUUGCACUGCUGAGCUCUCAUGGCACACUAAGUGUCCAUCUAGAGGCAGUGUUUCGCACUUGUCAUUAUUGCAAAGAGGUGGAUUGUUAAGUUUGUUGAUCACAUUUUCUUUUUUAGCUGGAAUUAAAGUGAGCUGCAUGCUGUUUGUAAUGCAGUCUCUCUCUAGCAGAGGGACAGUGUUAUGAAAGUGCUCAAGACUACAUUAGCCCCUAAUUAAUAUAUGGAAAAAAUUUUUUUAUCCGGCUGUAAAACCAGUCUGCCUUUUUCAGCCACUUGCAUACAUUUUGCAGAACAUGUUUCAUUUCAGAUUGUCAGCCCAACACUUUUCAAUUUUCAGCCAGUUGCAUACACGUUGCAGAACAUGUCUUAUUUCGAAUUGUUGGCUGCAUACACGCAGCUCUUCUCGUUAUCCGUACCAUUUCCUGUUGUGCUAGUCUGGCCUUAUAGUUUGGUAGCUGUACUAGUUUUAAUAAGGGUAAAGAAAGGCAGGAAAAGUGGGUGUCAAGCAUACCCGCUGGUUGUACAGAGACUUGCCUAUGACUGCGAGCUCAGUUUUUACUGCAUGGUCAGUUAUUUUAUGAGGACCUUGUAUGUGUGCCAUCACAAUAAAUUGAAAUGCAAAAAAGCUGAAAUCAGCUAAAACAUGUCUUAACAUCUCCAGUUCAAUUACAUUCAUGGAUUCAGAAAUGGGCAUAUCUAGCUUUGGGGCUACACACAAUAUGAAGCUGAGUGUUACGAUUUGGGCUUGUCGGUUGUUCUUUGCAACAGGGAAACAGCACAGGAAUAAGAUAAAGUGAGGCACAGCAGCACUCUGUGCGUCGUGCGUUAGUUCGUCGUAUUCGUGCGCUGUUUUCCCAUAGGGUUGGGACUACACCAUAGUAUAGAGACUUGCCGUUCAUUCAUUACGCAUUGCAUUUUGGACUAAUUAUGUGCAAGUGGCAUUCCUAUUUCUUUGCACAUUUCAGUUUUUGCAGAUGAUACGUUCAGCACACUGUAAAAAUAAUGCAACUUUUACCAGGUCUACUUUUGGCGUACUGAUAAAAGCAACACUAGUUGCAAUUUUUUUAAACCUCUAUUUCUGUAGCCUGUGAUGAUGUGUGCUUGGAGUUCACCAAAAGCUGUAAAUAUUCAUGAUCAACUGGGACAUUUUCAUUGGUGUUUACUUGCUUCUGUAAUUUUAGCAAGCAUUGCAAGUGCAGACUCAAGUUGAGUGAUGCACUGUUUAUGACACAUUUUCGCUGAGCCAAUUGCAGAAAAGCUUGUCCUAAAAUGUCACAAUAAAAUUCUUUCUUUUGUUGGA